CAGGUUUUAUUUGUUCUUUCAAGCCCUGACUUUAAAAAUCGGCGAUCAGAAGCACUUAGUAACCCUCCCCGCGGCCACAUCGCCAGCCUUCGCAGGCCGAAGGUCCUGCGGCACUCCCUGGAUCAGCUCGCUUUUCCAGCUGUCGCCGCGCCACUUCUUCCGGCCCGCAGGCUGCGCUCGGCUGUGCCCGGCGCUCGCUCGGCUUUCGGCUGUUUCCGGAGUCACUCGCGACUGGCGGCGGAGAGCUCCGGGCGGGGGCUGCAGAUGUCGGACCUGCAGGCGGCUGAGGGGCCUGGCUCCUGGAGCCCCACAGACCGCCAAGGGUCGGCGGGCGGCGUCGGGGACUGCCAGGGAGUGGAGGGGAGCCAGGCGACCGCCUCAGAGAAUGAAGAUACAGAAAACAGCAAGGAUACCUCUUCAUUGGCUUCUGCCACUGAUCCAGAACCCUGUUCCUCACCCCACAGGCCACAGAUGGUAUCUCCAGUGAGUAAGGAUGCCACGGAAGAUCUGAGGAAAGCAACUGGUGCUUUGGACGCUCAGGCCGUGGUGAAACAGGAUUUGCUGCCUACAGACCAGGCCCAGGUCCUCAAUGAGAGUUCUGUUGUGCAGAUGGCCAAGUAUCAAGUUCCACAGAGGUCUGGGGACAUCGUUAUGAUCCAAUCUGAGCAUACAGGCGCUAUAGAUGUUCUUUCAGCUGAUUUGGAAUCUGCAGAUCUUCUGGGGGACCACAGGAAAGUCUCUCCACCUCUGAUGGCUCCUCCAUGCAUCUGGACAUUUGCCAAGGUGAAGGAAUUCAAAAGCAAGCUGGGCAAAGAGAAGAACAGCCGACUGGUGGUGAAGCGUGGUGAGGUGGUGACCAUCAGGGUACCUACUCAUCCAGAAGGGAAGCGUGUCUGCUGGGAGUUUGCGACCGAUGACUAUGACAUUGGCUUUGGAGUUUAUUUUGACUGGACCCCUGUAACCAGCACUGACAUAACUGUGCAGGUCAGUGAUUCCAGCGAUGACGAGGAUGAAGAGGAGGAAGAGGAGGAGGAGAUUGAAGAACCUGUUCCAGCUGGAGAUGUGGAGAGAGGCUCCAGGAGCUCCUUGCGGGGUCGCUAUGGGGAGGUGAUGCCUGUGUACCGGAGGGACAGCCACCGAGACGUGCAGGCUGGCAGCCAUGACUACCCUGGGGAGGGCAUCUACCUGCUCAAGUUCGACAACUCUUACUCCCUGCUGCGCAACAAGACUCUCUACUUCCACAUCUACUACACCAGCUGAAGGACCACUGGGACGGGGCAGGCUGUAUUUGCUGGCUGAAGCAGGCUGCCAGCUGGUGCCUCUUGUUUUGGAUAGGCAAGAGCUAAAGGUUCAUGUGGGGUUCCCGAGCCUCACACCUUGUCUGGCAUGUCUGACUGUUGACCCACGUAGCUUUUCCCCUUCUUGGCUUCCGCAGGUGGUGAUGUAGUGCCCCUGUUCUGUGGUCCCUGACUCAUACUCUUCUUGCUUCAGACUCCAGCAAAUUCCCUCUUGAAGGCACCUAUCGGGCACAAGCCUAAAAGGAAGCAGGGCGUUGUUUUUUUAAAAAUAGAUUUAUCUUGGCACAGGUUGAUCAUUCAGAUUGCUGCCCUCUCCUCUCUCAGAGCCUUUAUUGCCAAUGCAUUUAGUGGCACCCACUCUCUUUACCUUUUGAGGUGCCAGAAGAGGGAAAAGCACAUUGUCCACGAAGGAGCCCAAUCUUUUGGUUGGAGAAAGCUCUGUCCAGCCUGUCACCACUGCCAUAUUCCUGCCUGCUGGUUAUUCUUGGUCUCUGCAUAGCUGAGAGACCACACUGCCUUUGGAGGGCUGUUACUAUUCCUGAUGGUAGACGCCUCCUCCUCUUUCCUAAGUCUUUGUUUUUGCCAUUACAGCAAGAACCUCCAUGCAAUCUAAAAUGAUGAUCACCGUAACCUAAGAUCUUGUGGGAAGAAAAACUGCCUCCAUUACUUCCUGUUCCAAGGGCACUGGCAGUCAAAGUGGAUAGAGUGGAAAUUAGGUACUGAAUUGAUGGCAGAACCCACAUAUUUGAAGGUCAAGUAUUACUAUUUUUUUGUUAUUGUAUAAUCAAAGAAGGAAUGGUAUCAUCUGAGAGAGAAGAUGAAAAACAAAAAAAACCACUCCAGAGUCCCCACCACUUUUUUUUUUGUCUUUAGAGUAGGAGUGCUAUUUAGAAAUGUUGCUUUGGAAUCAAAUGCACUGAAACCCAAUGAGGUUUCCAAAGUUUCUGCAUUUAGGUUUCUUGCAUUGAGGGCUUAAAGCUUUUGGUGUUCAGAGUCCCUUAGUUAAGGUGAUGAUGAAGCUUCACUGUUGCUGCUGAUUGUAUUUGUUCUUUACCUGACCAAAGCUUGCAUUUCCCUGGUGACAACAUUUCCUCCUCUGUCACCCCUGAGGCUCUGGAGUGCCACAGAGUGCAGGUGGUGCUACAGCCAGUGGUCACCAGAGCACCAGAUGCUGGGCCCCCAGGCAGAGAAGGAGACAGUGAGAUGGGACCUCAGCAGUCUUUGUGUUUGUACUUCUCCGUCUCUUACUCCUCGUGUUACGUCUGUUACUGCCUACGAAUUCUGAAGAAUAAUUAGAUUUAUUUAUUACUGUAUUUUUUUUUUUAGCACAUUUCAUUUUGCCUUUGAAACAGUUUCCAUCUGUUUCUCAGAAGGCUUCCCAUCUGUUCUGAGCCACAGAGGCCCCCUCUUUUAUGGAGUUAGAGAAGAUAUUUUUAGGAGAGUUUGGGAAGCGAUGAUAUUUUAUUUCUGCAGGUCAGUCCUGUGAUGGCUUUGUGAGAAGUACGGCCCUUCAGAGAUGGAUGAUGCCACCAUACUCCAUGUUUAGGGUACAGUUCGGCACUUCCUGUGAAGAAUUAUAAGUUGUGAGGGAAUCUGCCCGUUUGCUGAGGAUUGAGUGCAGAGGAAUUGCCCAGCCAAUCAGAGAUAUCCUGUGAUUCCAGGAUUUCGGAGUCCUUUGUCUCCUCUGAGGAGUCACCUUCUUCGUGAUGUUUCCUUUGCCUCACUCCUUCAUUGUUGGAUUCCUCACACCAAGGGUCUAUCCCUACAGUAGCAUAACUCAAGGAGCAGGACUCUUCCCAGUAGGUCCCGAGUAGCAUCUACAUCACAUCAAAUGCAAUACAUCCUGCGCCUUCUCUUCCCCUCGGAGCAAAGCCCCAAGUGGGAUAGGAUGUUGGGGAUCGCCAGAGCAGUCCCAUCCUCUGAGCUGCAUCAUACCUCCAUUAUUUUAUAUUUGCAAGUGUGUUUUGUAGAGGAUGACACUAGCCAAAAUUUAUAUACCUUUAAAGAAAUUAUUUUGGUGACUGUCUGUUGAGGCAGUGAAGACCAGAUUUGCUGUGUGUCAUCCCACUGGAUAGCUGAGUGACUGCUCUUGCAUCCUUGAAGUCAAAUCAUGCCUUAGCUAAUUGAAUAUAAUCUUUGUAAAAUAAUUUUCUACUGAGCUGUUUUCUAGUCAGCUAAAGCCUUGCUUAUUUUUCCUGUUUAUUAUUAACUUCUGCCUUCCUCUCAAAAUGAAACUGUCAGGCCAUAAGUAGCAAGCUCCCAAGGAUAACACUUGUUAUUGAUGAUUUCUUUUCACCAUGAGAUUCUCUGCUUAUUUUCUUUGGAAUGCUAGUUCUGUUGCAUCAGGGAAGCCUGAGGGACUUGUUCUCCCUUUCUCUGUGUGCUUGUUAGCAUCUGGUCACUUUGGAAGUCCUGGGCAUGCUUACAUUUCAUUCCAUACUGGUUUUUCACUGACAGUCAGGGUUUCUGUGUUCUAAAAUAGCUAAAAGAAGAUAUUCUCACUGUCUGAUUCACUAUCCUCACAUUACAUUUCUGAAACAAUUGAACUUUAGGGGCAAGAUAUUAUUUACUGAAGCACAGGUAAUUACUGAGAACCCGCAGCUCAGCAAAUACUAAGAGAUGGUCAUUUCCUUGGCCCCUCGCAGUCCAAAUUUAUAGACCCAAACAACGAAAUGAAAAUUGUUUGCUUUGAUCUUCACCCUGUUCUCUAGAGCACAAAUAAAUAUUAACAAGCAAUUGAAAGAAAGUGCUUCAUAGUAGGCGAGAGAUUGGAAUUUUCUAUACAGAGUGACUUAGUUCUUAAAUUUAUUUAGUUUUAGUUUUGCCACUUUGUUGAGACAUGGGGCUUUUAGAAAGGAAGACUAAGUAUUGAUUUUUCCGUGAAUGUUUUGUUGUGAAAAAAUUUUAGCAAACAGCUUAAAAGAAAUAAAAAUAUACUGUAACCCAAAAA